AUCCUCCCCCUUCCUAAUCAUAGCUUUUACUCACAGACAAAAUUCCCUCCCUCUCUCAUUCACUCACUCACUUUAGGCCAAUCCGUCCUCCUCCCUCUCUCUCUCUCUCUCUCUCUCUUUUCUCAUUCUGUCUCUCUCUCUCUCUCUCUCUUCUGUGUUUCUCUCUCCCACUCUGAGACAGAGUCAGUAGUCUCACUGACAGUCACAAACAUCUAUAGCACUUACUGAAUUCAGAGAAGAACCUGCAAACAAAACUUCACAGGAAACUUUUUGUUCUUGUUCCAGAGAAUCUGCUGAAGAGGAAGAAAAGAAGAAGGAAGGGAGGGGGAAAACACCAACAAACAGUGUGUGAAGUGGUGUUGGGAGAAGAAAAGCAGUGCCUUUUAAAAGGGAAUCACAACAACUUUUGCUGCCAGGAUGCCUUUGCUUCUGAAGAGAGGAUUUUUGUUGGUGCUUUGCUGGAUUAUAGUGAGGAGUUCCCCGACCCCAGGAUCUGAGGGGCACAGUUCAGUCACCGUUUGUCCAUCAUGUGCCCUUGCCACACUCUCAAAGGAUGUGCCCAGCUCCCAGACUGAGAUGGUGGAAGCAGUAAAGAAGCACAUACUGAACAUGUUGCACUUGAGGGACAGACCUAACAUCACUCAGCCAGUGCCCAAAGCUGCACUUUUAAAUGCUAUCAAGAAACUUCAUGUGGGGAAAGUGAGAGAGGAUGGCUAUGUGGAAAUAGAGGAUGACAUUGGAAGAAGAACAGAAAUGAAUGAACUUGUGGAGCAAACUUCGGAGAUCAUAACGUUUGCAGAAUCAGGUUCUGCCAAGAAAAUGCUGCAUUUUGAAAUUUCCAAGGAAGGCAGUGAACUAUCAGUAGUAGCCCAAGCGGAUGUGUGGCUCUUUCUCAAAGUCUCUAAAGCCAAUCGAAGCAGGACAAAAGUGACCAUUCGCCUAUACCAGCAGCAGAAACUACUAAAACGCAACUCUCAAGGCAUUGAAGAUGAUGGAGGUUUGAAGGGAGAGAAAGGUGAAAUUCUUAUCUCUGAAAAAGCAGUGGACACUCGCAAAAGUACUUGGCACAUUUUCCCAGUCUCCAGCAGUGUUCAGUGCCUCCUGGAUCAAGGAAAGAAUUCUCUGGAUGUGCGGAUUGCUUGUGAUCAGUGUCAAGAGACCGGAGCCAGUCUGGUGCUGCUGGGUAAGAGGAAAAAAAAGGAAGGAGAUGUAGAAGGGAAAGAGGGAAGUGGAAGCACGGGAGAAGAGGAGAAAGAACAAUCACACAGGCCCUUCCUGAUGAUGCUUGCCAGACAUUCAGAGGAUCGCCAGCACAGACGGCGGAGGCGGGGUCUUGAGUGUGAUGGCAAAGUCAACAUCUGCUGCAAGAAGAAUUUCUUUGUUAGCUUCAAAGAUAUUGGCUGGAAUGACUGGAUCAUCGCCCCUCCAGGGUACCAUGCCAACUACUGUGAAGGAGACUGCCCCAGCCAUAUUGCAGGCACAUCUGGCUCAACCCUCUCCUUCCACUCCACUGUUAUCAACCACUACCGUAUGAGAGGCCACAGCCCUUUCUCUAACCUCAAGUCAUGUUGUGUACCCACCAAGCUGCGGCCCAUGUCUAUGCUCUACUAUGAUGAUGGGCAGAAUAUAAUCAAAAAGGACAUCCAGAACAUGAUUGUGGAGGAGUGUGGGUGUUCAUAGGUGUAUGUGCAUGUGGCACACGCAUGCUCACAUACAUGGUUGGGACUGCCUUUCUACGAAUGUCAAGAAGGCCAUUUAAAAGAUAUAACAUAAGAGGAAAGACCAAGUGGGUCCAGCCUUUCCAAGCAAAACAAUCACAUUUCUAAACAGAAGCAUCCAAUGUUGAAAGAAUCAGUUAGAGACAAAGGAAAGAUGAAUGGCAUUAUUCACCAGGGUUUGAAUGAGAAACAAGGGCAAGGGCAUUUCCUAUCUUUUAUGCUCCGUAUUUUAUUACAUUGUCUUUUCACACUCUAUCAACAACAAGGGGAGGUACAUUUCCCUUACCAGCAUUACCUAUGCAUUCAAGCCCUGACAGAAGCUUGCCUAAAAAUGCAGCAAUUAGGAUGCUGAGUCCAAAAUGGUAUUAAAAUUCCCAGAAAAGCCAUGUGUAUGAACACUACAUUCACUGGCACUUUUGUUCCCAUCAGUUUACCAAGGACACAGUGUGUGUGCAUGCAUGUGUGUGUGCACGUGUGCAGGUUUCUUAUGGCAUAUGCAUACAUAAAGCACACUUGUGUAUAUAUUUUGGUAAAGGGGACAAUAUCGCGCAGGUGUACUCACCUUUAUCUUCUGCACUAUUUUUGCAAAAACAGUUUAAAAAAAUUAUAAAGAAAGAAAGAAAGAAAGAAAAUACAAAGUUACAUUUCGUAAAGGUGCUUACGACAUUAGAACUAUGCAACCAAGUUGGUUUGAAACUGUUUACCUGAGAAAGAAAAAAUACCCAGACUUAAAAAAAAAUGGAAGUAACAUGUUUAAUAUUUUUCUUCAAUGAGAGAUACUUGAAAGGAACAUGUUUGUCCAGCUACUGGAGCCAAACAUUUCUAUGUUUUGUAAAAAAAAAAAAAAAAAAAAGAGAGAAAAAGAGAAAAAAGAGAUUUUUUUAAAAAAAAUUCUUUACUAUUUGCACUACAAACAAUGUUCAA